UGACGAUCAGAGGGCUGCUCUGCCUCAUGCGUUUUGAUCAUGAACAAGGGAUCACAUCCAACUCGGGUACAUUGCCAGGUGGAAAAUGCGCCUUGCUACUUUAACUUUCGACCGAGGGAGAAUCAAGGAAGACACAAGCCCAAAUUCCCGCUGCAAGGUAAAUAACGGCUUACCUGUACAAAUUGGGAGUUUUCUAAGUUGUUAAGGAAAGCAACUGUGGGGAUCUCGCAUGUCACAGACAUUGUAGGGAGUGUUCAAGUGACCAGUCUUCACUACUUGGUUUCCGUAUUAAUGUGACUAAGGUACACCCUUCCCCAUUUUUCUGUCAUGUGUUCAAAUGUGUGUUAAAUAUUGAGUGCUUUCUGUUUUUGACAUCCUUCUUCCAAGUGGCAAGUCUUCUUCUAGAGUUGGAAGCACAUGACUUACCCCCAAAGAAUACUGGGGACUGUAGUCUAUACCCCACAGAGCUACAAUUCCCAGCGCCUUUAACAAACUACAGUUCACAGGAUUCCUUGGGGGAAGGCAUGUGCUGGAAAUGUGCUUUAACUACAUGGUGGGUACGCAGCCGUAAUCCAUCAAACCUCUGGGAGAAGUGAAUUUUUACCUGGCACUGGAAAGAUGGUAAGAUGAGAGUACAGUGGUACCUCGGGUUAAGUACUUAAUUCAUUCCGGAGGUCCGUACUUAACCUGAAACUGUUCUUAACCUGAAGCACCACUUUAGCUAAUGGGGCCUCCUGCUGCUGCUGCUGCACCGCCAGAGCACGAUUUCUGUUCUCAUCCUGAAGCAAAGUUCUUAACCUGAAGCACUAUUUCUGAGUUAGUGGAGUCUGUAACCAGAAGCGUAUGUAACCUGAAGCAUAUGUAACCCAAGGUACCACUGUACGUGUUACAAAAGAUUUGCCCUUUUUUGGUCUCUUGGUGCAUAAUGUGCAGCUUCACAUACCUGUGAUGUGGCCUUAUCGCUCCUUGCAUUUCACAGACGGUGAGCUGUCACCAUCAGCCACCAAGGACUGAGGGAGAGGAAGAGAAAGACACACUACAGCAGCAUUCAUACCUCUCGGCUAAGUUAAACAAUGGUCACACCAUACAUUUAAAGCACUCUUACACCCCUUGACCGUCAUGAAGAACCUUGGGAAAGGUAGUUUGGCAAGGGUGCUGACCCUACAGAGUUACAAACCUCUGCACACUUAACAAACAACCAUUCCCAGGAUUCUCCAUGACUGCUAAAGUGGUAAAGGAAUGUGGUGUGGAUAGGACCAAUGUAUUUUGGGUAGAAAGACAUGGGGCAGAGGCAGAUAUAGGGGAACGUGACCAGUUUGGCCACAUUGGGUGGGGAGCCUUGGGGGGUGGUGGCGCAGGGGGCUCAGCAACUAUUAUGUAGAAUGGAAGGUGAGGUAGGGGCACGCUGAAUUUUGGCGCCUCACAGGGCACCGCUAAAAUUGGAGACCCCAAAGUCCACUGUGGCAUGGGGAGAUGCAGUUUUAGUCAGGAGAGACCCUCAAUCUGCCAUAAAGUCGAGUUUGGCAGUCCCUGCCUCUGCAGUAAUCUCAUUUUACAGCUAUAAAAUCACAGGCUUGGAGGAAACUGGAAAGCACACACAAAACCCCCUGUUUAGUUCAACCACUAACUUAUUACAAUAUCUUUGUCAUCUUGAGCUUCUUGGAGUGAAGAUGGAAUACAAAUUUAGAUAGGAAAAAUAUAUGUUUUAUUAUUUAAAACAUAUAUUGGUGCCAGUGUGGUGUAGUGGUUAAGAGCGGUAGUCUCGUAAUCUGGGGAACCGGGUUUGUGUCUCCGCUCCUCCACAUGCAGCUGCUGGGUGACCUUGGGCCAGUCACACUUCUUUGAAGUCUCUCAGCCCCACUCACCUCACAGAGUGUUUGUUGUGGGGGAGGAAGGGAAAGGAGAAUGUUAGCCGCUUUGAGACUCCUUAAAGGGAGUGAAAGGCGGGAUAUCAAAUCCAACUCUUCUUCUUUAUUUAUUAGACAUAUAUACAGUGAUACCUUGGGUUACAUAGGCUUCAGGUUACAUACGCUUCAGGUUACAGACUCCGCUAACCCAGAAAUAGUACCUCGGGUUAAGAACUUUGCUUCAGGAUAAGAACAGAAAUCAUGCAGCAGCAGUGCAGCGGCAGCAGGAGACCCCAUUAGCUAAAGUGGUGCUUCAGGUUAAGAACAGUUUCAGGUUAAGAACAGACCUCCGGAACGAAUUAAGUACUUAACCCGAGGUACCACUGUAUUAACAAUACUUAAUUGCCAACACCUCCCUAUUUCCUUUUAGAAGACUCUGUGGUUGGGUUGUGAUGCACGCACGCGAUAUGACGGAUUGACACAUAUGAGAAUUGGAAAAUAAUUUGCCCCCUGACGAAACUGACUAGACUGUGAGGGUUUUGCUAUUUCCUGUGUAACCUGCAUUAGUUCUGUCAUUUCAGUUAUCUGUUUUAACAGGUGUAGGCGCGUGUCCACAUGAGUAGGCUAGCAAUUAUGGAUGUAUUAUUUUCUGUAUGUUCAAAAAACAAUAAUAAGGUGUCACGGUGCUGUCAGUGGCUUCCGGCCGGUUGCCCAGGAAAAUAUAAAGACAAGGAAAAGUUUCUUACAGUCCUUUCUUUUUUCCGGGUGUGCAAUUAAUCGUGUUUUAGUUUUAGCCACAGCUAACAGUGAGAUGAAUGAUGUAGGUUUUAGUGGAAUCUGAACAGUAGCAAAAUGAUUGCACAACGCUGAUUGCAACAACGCAGGAUGGAAUGGAAACUGUUGCCUCCUUACACCCACCAGUCUCUUGCCCUGCCAGACUGCCUGUUCCCUGAGAUCUGCUAAGGAGUGUCUUUUCUGUGUCUCCUCUGUGAUCAAAGCAUGGCUGGUUGAAGCAUGAAAGAGGACUUUUUUCUGUAUCUGUCUAAUUUGGGAACCAUCUUUUCUCAAGAGAUGCAUUCCCCCACAACACUAUUUUUACCACACAUUUAUCUUUUUUUUAUUAUGACAUUUGAAUGUGCUAGGAUUGUCUACAGACUCUAAGAUUCAUGCACACACAAACAUCUGAUCUAUUUAUGAGUCAUUCUGUACUCUCACCUUUUAGUCUGUGUUUUGAUCUCCUUAUGAGUCAAUGUAUAGAAAGAAGUUCUCUGUUUUUUUCAACAGUUCACUGUUUUUAAAAAUUAUUUCUACUUUUUGCUGCUUGCUACCUCCAUGUGUGGUGGAGAUUGCCCUAUGCCAGAGUUGAAGUGAGAGUCAACUGCCAUUUAUUUUGACCAGUAUGUGGAAUAUCAGAGCAGAGUCAUCUUGUUCAGGCAAGAAAAUGUUUUGGGUCAGCAAUAUCAAAAGCAUUGUGUUGCUUUUGAUAUUGCUGACUUAUAUUUUGCAACACAGGGGUUGGUUUGUUUACUCAAGAAAAUGUAUUGGGCUGGCUGGCCACUUGCAGGAAGCUUAUCUGACAAUAAAUCUGUCUGGGGUGAUAAUAUAUUGCUGCUUUUAAUUGCCUGUUCCUAUGUAAGUUCACAGGAAGUGGUUAAGAUCAGUCCUGUGUUGGCCAAGUCAUCUUUCAACUCAUCUUUGCUUACAAUCCCAUUUAAUCACACCAGCAACAAUUCCUAUAUCCACUGAUUCCCCAGGAAAUAUCUCUGUCUCUCGAUCAGUAGUUUUAGCACCUUAUAAGCAGGGCAAUAAUGUUUCUGGGAGCCGUGGGUCUGUUCCAUAUGAUAGCAUAUUACUUCCCCCAAAGAAUCAUGGGCACUUUAGUUCACCUCCUUGACAAAACACAGUUCCCAGGAUUCACAACCCUAGUUUUCUUUCAAAUGUAUUCUGCCAUGAAAGCCAUACUUUAAGACUAUGUGGUUCCUUCUUGGCAGCACUGUCACUGAACCAUGAUUCCAGGGGGCAGUAAUGAUCUUCAGCCACACUGGCUGGGGAUGGUGGGAGCUGGAGUCCAAUGACAACUUGGAGGGGCUUAAAUUCCCCAUCCCUGUCUUACAUAAAUCUAUGGUGUGACUAGAUUAACAACAACAACAACAACAAUUUAUUAUUUAUUAUUUAUACCCCACCCAUCUGGCUGAGUUUCCCCAGCCACUCUGGGUGGCUCCCAAUCGAGUGUUAAAAACAAUACAGCAUUAAAUAUUAAAAACUUCCCUAAACAGGGCUGCCUUCAGAUGUCUUUUAAAAAUAGUAUAUCUGCUUAUUUCCUUGACAUCUGAUGGGAGGGCAUUCCACAGGGCACUAGGGCUUUUCCAAAAGUGAAAAUGUGGGCAAAGUUGUUGACCUUUAUUGUUGAUGCCAUUCCAGGAUAUCUGGAGCCCUAUCUAGAGCUCAUUUUUGGCAGUUUCUGAUGUAGGUUUAGAAAUGGAUCAGAAUGUGGGACUAUCAUUCAUUCAGGGGCAUUGUUAGGGAGCAGCUCAGAGGGCCCAAGCCCUGGUUAGAAUCAUAGAAUUGUAGAGUUGGAAGGGACCCCGAGGGUCAUCUAGCCCAACCCCCUGCAAUGUGAAAUCUCAGCUAAACUAUCCAUAGCAGAUGGCCAUCCAACCUCUACCUAAAAACCUCAAAUACAAUAACGUAGAUCUAGAAAGGGGCAACUGAAAUGAUCAAGGGGUAGGGCUGGAGCAAUUCCUCAGUGCAGAAAGAUUACACAUUUUCAGUUUUUUAGUUAGAAAGGGGAUGAGCAAGGCUCAUGAGCCAGUGUGGUGUAGUGGUUAAGAGCGGUGGACUCGUAAUCUGGUGAACCGGGUUCGCGUCUCCGCUCCUCCACAUGCAGCUGCUGGGUGACCUUGGGCCAGUCACACUUCUUUGAAGUCUCUCAGCCCCACUCACCUCACAGAGUGUUUGUUGUGGAGGAGGAAGGGAAAGGAGAUUGUUAGCCGCUUUGAGACUCCUUUGGGUAGUGAUAAAGCGGGAUAUCCAAACUCCUCCUCCUCCUCCUCUUCUUCUUCGUCUUCAUAAUUUUGAGAGAGCACAAGCGAGGCACUCCCACACAGGGAUCCCCCCCCUUUCUGCUACUUGGGGUUUCUGGGCCCCAGAGCCCAGUCUUGCCUUGCCCCCAUGUGCCCGUCACCCUGGUCUGGCCAGAGUGGGAGCAAUGCUCCUACUAAGAGCCAGAUCAGCCAGCCAGACUCCCCCCCCCCCGUGUGUGGGCAGUCAGGUAGGUGGCACAGUGCAGCCCCAUGAACCCUCUGUGCCUGUAUGUCAGUGAGGGUUGGCUUGGUGCAGCAGUUUUUGUUUACCCUCAAUGCCCAGCUCCUGGUCCGACAUAUUGCGUGUGCACUCACACCCUAGGCACCAGUGAAAGAUGCAAUACAGCUGUUAUUGGGCACUGUGGGAAGCAGGAUGGAUAGGCCUUUGUUCAGAUGCCCUCAUACUAAGCUCAUUCCCCUAUCGCUGGCUCUUGUAGAUGACCGGCUCAGACAAGCUCGACGGCAUCGCUUCAUCAUUGGGUCUGGAUGUGUUGCAAUCCUCAUUCUAGUGGGAGCCGUGAUAGGGCUUGGCUUUUGGGGUAAGUACCUUAAGGCCUAAAAUUACCCAUAUGCCCACAAACUGUACUUAAUGGAGCACCACAAAUUGUCCUUUGUAGAGUGAGGCUCUACAGUGGUACCUCGGGUUAAGAACUUAAUUCGUUCUGGAGGUCUGUUCUUAAGCUGAAACUGUACUUAACCUGAGGUACCACUUUAGCUAAUGGGGCCUCCCGCCGCCGCCGCACGAUUUCUGUUCUCAUCCUGAAGCAAAGUUCUUAACCUGAGGUACUAUUUCUGGGUUAGCAGAGUCUGUAACCUGAAGCAUCUGUAACCUGAGGUACCACUGUAUAUCCACUCGGAGCAGGGGUAGGGAAACACCAGAGCCACUCUGGGAAACCACACACACCUUUCUCGGACUUGACAUCAUAUACCAUGCCAGGGAGGGAAAAGUUCAAGUUGCAAUCUUCAAAGCUGUAGCUAAAAGGAACAGUGUCUGCUCCCUAUCUGUCAUUUGCAUCAAAAAGCCAGCACUUUGAACUUGCCACUUUUUGGCAACAGAAAACGGCAAGAGUCAAAAACUGCCAACUGUACUCUUUUUUAACACCUCCGAAUGGAAGGUUGGCAGUUUGAAUCCCCUCGAUGGGGUGAGCUCCCGUUGCUCUGUCCCAGCUCCUGCCAACCUAGCAGUUCGAAAACACACCGGUGCAAGUAGAUAAAUAGGUACCGCUGAGAUGGGAAGUUAAAUGGGAUUUCCAUGCGCUCUGGUUUCCAUCAUGGUGUUCUGUUAUGCCAGAAGCGGUUUAGUCAUGCUGGCCACAUGAGAGAGAGAGAUAGAGAUAGAGAGAGAGGACCCUUCAUGUGUCAAUUCUGCACAUGACUCUGUUUGCAAGACAAUGCCUCCGUCUGGACAUAGCUUCCUGAUCCAGCAUCAGGAGAGUUGAGAACACACAGCACAAGACUAACCAUGUCUACUCAGGAGUCCUAUUAAAUUCAUUGAGGCUUACUCCAAGGUAAGUGGAGUUACCUUCUUACCUGGAAGUAAGCCCCCCAUGGGACACACUUCUGAGUAGACAUAUAUAGGAUUGAACUGUAACCUUACCAAUUUGAAUAAAGGGGGUUGUUUUCCUAGGCGUUAUCUCCCACCCACCCUCAUAUGUCUGUCACUGCACAGAAAUUUUGCAGUUUGGCCUGGUCUAAUUGUGACCAAUUUGAGAUGUGUGGUGAAUGGGACUCGAGAAUAAAACUGCUGCCCUGUACGCCGCAGCAUGAGUCACCUGGCUGGCACUGCGGGCGGCACUAGAGUGAAAAUGGUGCCCCGUGCGACUUACGAGUAAAAUUGCUUUUUUAAAAAAUGCCCCCCCCCCAAAUUGCGACUGGACAUUCUGCUGUGGCGUCUGCAACUUAUGCAGUUGUGGAAAUGACUGGUUCAGAAAACAAGCAGCAAAUUUCAUUCAUGAGGAAAUUGGGGAAAUUGUUCUUAAGGGCCUCAGAAAGAAAGCCUUGCAUUUCUUUUUAUAUGAUAAACAUGCCCCUUGGUUUGUUUUUUUAAGCGUCAAAACUUAUCUGACCAAGAAAGGGAAAGAUAAUGUGUUAGACAGCACGAUCAUCACCGUCAUUGUCAGCUCAUUGGUCCUAAAAUAGUCAAACCACAAGAAUGUGCAGGGGAAAAAUCUCUUGUAGAAGUGCCAAGUGUGUUUGGUUAUGAAACCAAAGCACAGUGUGAAACACAGUCAAAGAGGUUUCAAUUAGGCACCCAAAUAUAAAUUAUGGGAAAUAGCCUCUUGUUCUUAAGCAAAAUAGCUCGGCCUCUCAAAGCAAACCUUCACUAUCUUAUCACAUUUGUUCAGAUAUGAUACUUCAACUAGUUUCGUCUCCGUCCUCUUAUGAAUCUUCUGUUCUGCAAGCUACGGAACUACCAGGCAACCAGUAACCAAGUCUUCAUGCAUAAAAGCUUAAAUUCAUUGCAUUUUUUUUUAAAAAAAUGGAAAACAUAUUGUAGCAGGGAGUCCUUGGAACACCCCACAAUCACUUAACCUUGACUCCCAUAGGUUCAGGUCGGGGGUCACAAACAAGAGACUUCAGCCAGGAGAUAGAAGCAAAACAGCGGUCUGUAGGCCUGAUCUUUAUUGUUGCAACAAGGCUCCCCACUAGUACAAAGAUGAAGCAGCCAGAGGCCCCAAACAAGGGUUACAUCAGUAUUUUAAAGUUUCCCAUAAUACAUCUUAGGAUGCAUCAUCAAGACAUCAUAGAUACGUCACAGAAAAAGGUGUGGUCUCAGGGAGAACCUGAGAUCCAGACAUGCCCCUGUCACUCAAAUAUAGUCUUUCAUACUCUAUUACAGUACAAAGGAAAGCAUUUACAGUUCCCUGGUCCCUGAGUCAAAUAUACAAAUACAAGUCAAAUACACCCGUGGGCUUCAUCGCACUGUGGGGUGGGUAGGCAUUGUGAUUGAGUUGGUUAUUUGUCUGACACUCUUGGGGCAGGAUAUCACCCGUCAGGACUAUGACCUGUACAUCUUGGGGAUUAUGGUGUGCUCACUAACCUCUCCCUGGGUCCUAAAUGCCGUUUGAAAUGAGAAGAUGGAUACAAGUGAUUUCUUAUGAAUUUCUAAAGUUUUCCCAUUGAGCCAGUACACAGAUACAUUUAUCAGUGAAUUGCUACAUAUGGUAUUGACACUUUCCCUGUUUUCCUUCUUUGGAGACCUGGGGCUCAGUGGGGAGUCCUGAGCCAAGCUUGCCUUGCAGAUGCAAUGCCUUUGCAGAUAUUUGGCGGUAUUUUUCUCUUGACACUAGAGGAUUUGGUUUUUCACAGGUGAAAAGGCGGGGAAAUACCUCUUGUGUGGUAUUUGUGUGAGUGAAUGUGUUCGGUAAUGUGCAGCAAGUCACACCAUCAGUGAGUAACGGCUGCAGUUCUUAGUGACGGGUUGCUUUGAUACUACAAGCCCUGGAGUGCUGCCGACAUUCUAGGCACGGGUUCAAGAGGUUUUUCUUUUGCCCCUUGCUUCCCACGGAAAACACAGUACUUGGCGCAGAAAAUUGCAAUUGCUGUUUGUUACGAUACAGUGGCACACAGUGGGUUUUCCCGGGAAAAGUGGUGGUGCAAAGGAAAACCUCUCAGGCUUGUGCCCAGAAAGCAUGGGUGGCAUAGACUGGUUGGGCGCAGAGGAAUGAUGGGAGGAACCAGCUGGGGAAGCAGUAAGGGGAAAAGGCUCAGAGCCCAGGGAUUGGUAGUGGGACAACGAUGAUGAGUGGUUGGAGGGAGAAGAAGGAGGAGACUAGGAAGAGGAAGUGUCAAAAGCUGGAGAGGUAACAGGGCUUAGUGAGCAGGAGGAGCCUGUGGCAGAGAGGAGGCCAGAAUAAGAGGUAGAAGCUGAAUCAGGGGAGGAGGGAGGCCAAGAACCAGGAGAGAUAUGAAGAGGGCAGAGGAACAGGUAGUGUUAUUACCAUGGCUAAAUUGAUUACCCUCCCUGCCGCAGCAGAUCCCAGAGUGGGCUACAAGUACUUAAAAUCCAGGGUUAAAAACCAUUAAAACAGACUGCAAUUGCAUGAAUAGGGUGGACCCUGAAAACAUCUCAGAUCUUGAAGGUUAGGGUAAAGAGGAGCAUCUUCAGCAUGUGCUGAAAGCUUUACAAGAAGCCAGGUGUACCUCCCUGGGGGGGGAAUUCUGCAACUUGGGCUCUGUAGGUGGAAUUACCAAGAGGGCCCCCUCUGCUGAUCUUAAAUCUUCUUUUCUGCAGAUCCUGCUUUUUCCUGUUCAGGGUGGGGAGCCUGUGUUGCCUGCCUUUGUUGAUUGGUGGCUGGCGGCCCACCCCUCCUCCUUUCUGUGUACAGGAGGAAGAGAAUGGAAGUUGUGGUGGCAGUGGCAAGACCCUGAUAGAAUACCAGGGAGCCACCAUGGUAAUUGCCCACAAGGCCCCGGAGGACAUAGCGAUACUGUGUGGGAACUGGGGGAAUGCUGAGGGUUUGCUGGAGAGGAUAUAUUAUUAAUAUCCUUCCUAACUUGUGCUAGCAAGUUUCUUCACUUUGUUGUUGUUGUUUAGUCGUUCAAUCGUGUCCGCCUCUUGGACCAGACCCCAUGGACCAGAGCACGCCAGGCACUCCCGUCUUCCACUGCCUCCCGCAGUUUGGUCAGACUCAUGCUGGUAGCUUCGAGAACACUGUCCAGCCAUCUCGUCCUCUGUCGCCCCCUUCUCCUCGUGCCCUCCAUCUUUCCCAACAUCAGGGUCUUUUCCAGGGAGUCUUCUCUUCUCAUGAGGUGGCCAAAGUAUUGGAGCCUCAGCUUCAGGAUCUGUCCUUCCAGUGAGCACUCAGGGCUAAUUUCCUUCAGAAUGGAUAGGUUUGAUCUUCUUGUAGUCCAUGGGACUCUAAAGAGUCUCCUCCAGCACCAUAAUUCAAAAGCAUCAAUUCUUCGGCGAUCAGCCUUCUUUAUGGUCCAGCUCUCACUUCCAUACAUCACUACUGGGAAAACUAUAGCUUUAACUAUACGGUCCUUUGUCGGCAAGGUGAUGUCUCUGCUUUUUAAGAUGCUGUCCAGGUUUGUCAUUGCUUUUCUCCCAUUCACUUAGCAGAGUACAUUCCCCUUCUUACACAAUAGAAAGCUGGUUGCAAACUCUUCUGAAUUUCUUAAGACAAUAAGCAAUUCAUCUGGCUUGUCCAGACUGAGAUAUGUUCUAAUAUUCCUGGUAAGACCCCUUUUAAAUCCCUCCUAAGAAAUAAAGACACCGCAGUCUAUUCAUAAAUAACAAAAAAUAGUUUUACUUACGACCAGGCAGAGCACAGUGCAAUCCCUGAAGGCAGGCUUCAGGCUUAAAGUUACAAACAUGUACAAACAAGUUUACCCCCAUAUGGGAGAUAACCUGGGAAACUGCUGUGGCAGCCAGCAGUACAGUCCAAGUGAUGCAGGAAGCAGGCAGGACAAACAUGAAGGUCGAAAAGAGGAAGGGAGCAGUGUGACUUGGCCUUUUACCAGGUCUGGAAAGGUCAGACCUACCUAGUAGUCACAUGCAAGGAAGGAAGGUCAGGAGGAACAGAAAGUUUCAACUGACUGGACCAAACAUUCCCUUACAUGUCCACUCUAGCAAAACAAGGAAUGUUAUACUUGGCUGCUCCCAGUGGAUUACAUCCCACAGGAACGAUGGGCAAUUACAAUGGCAGCCACCCUCCCCACAGUGCUCAUUGAAGGAGCACCCAAAAAGGGAUCCCAGGGCAACAGUGUCAGUAUCAAGCCCAUGGCAGCUGCUGAUACUGGGUCUGCCUGUCCAUGCUGGAGAGACUGGAACUGCAACACACACGACGCCAGAAAUCUGGUUUAGGAAACAUUGGAGGACAAAAGAGAAAACUCUCAAAUGGAACAAGCCAACCCAUAUUUUUCUCGUAAUUCCAGAGAAAAAGACUAGUGUGGCAGCAACUUUUCUGUAUUUCCAACAACACAUUUUCUUUUCAAAUAAAUCUUAAGCAUACCAUUAUCCUCAUCUUGCUGAUCGCCUAAAUAGUCAUGCCUUUAAAAGUUUUUCAGAUGAAACAAGCUCUGGCGAAGGCACUAACCUGCCCAGGACCCAGCAAUGGAACACAGCAGACCAGGACCACCCCAGGGCAGUGUCAGACUUUGCGGCAGUUUCUGUGCAAGCCACACGGCAAUCACGUAGCAGGUAACACCUGAGCUUUCAGUAGCCUUUGGCUGAUAAACAGGAAUGCAGGCACAGUGAUGAUCCAGCUAAAGUCAAAGGCUUGCAGAUCCCAUUGAUUCCAAUGAAAAGGUUGCAAAACAUGUCCAUAACAAAAGAACUGGUUCAAGUAAACCAAUAUGAGCUUCUGCCUGGGGGCAGGUGGUGCUAGAUCAGGGGUCGCCAACAUGGUGCCCUCCAGAUGUUUUGAAGCACAGCACCCAUCAGCUCACAUGGCCAAUGGUCAUGGAUAAUGGAAGUUGUAGUUUUCAACAUCUGGCGGGCAUCGGGUUGGCUAUGCUAGCUGUGUAAAAAAAAAACCUCAGGACACAAGCCCAUUGUACAAUUUUGCAUAAAAUCUGCAGGUGCUAACAUAUGUAAAGAUGCAGAUUUAGGUAUGCUUUCAGAGAGACAGCCAUCUUGUAAGCACAGUAAAUAGCAAUAUAGAAAACUGCCUUUGAAAGAGGGGGUGGAGGUUCAUUGCCUAAGGGAUGCCCUCUAACAGCACACCUGGCUUCGUGGUUUUUUCUUCUUCCAGAGAAUUCAGAUUGCAAGCUCUGCCCGGAAAACUGGCAGCGCCAUGGAGACAAGUGCUACUGGAUUUCCAGAGAGAAGGGAACCUGGAACAAGAGCCAGAAUGAUUGUGCAGCAAAAGACUCUCAACUCGCUGUGAUACAAAAACAGGUGGAAUUGGUAAGUCCUGACUAAUAACUUUCUUUUGUUGGUGCAUGUAGUCAGUGCUUUGUUUGUUGUGGUCGUAGUUACUGGUAUGGCGUAUGCUCACCUCCUUUUUUGCUGUGGCUGUGGAUGGCAUCCAUUUUGUGCUGCCAUCCACAGCCCAUUCAUCAUGAUACAAGUACCAACACCUCUUUAUUUUUCUUUUUGUCGCAGUCAAGUUGGGUUUUCUGCUCUUUUAUUUAUUUGAUUUCAGUCGCUUCCUGUGAAGCGCUUCAACGUGAUUUCACCACACAAUUAAAACUUAUAAAAGACCAAUUACAUGUAUAAAAAGAGUUUUAAAUCAAGAUAGAUGCCGAGUGAGAAAAAAUAUCUCCACUUAGAAGAUUUGUUGAAGGUAGAAAGUAUCCCUCAGAUGUCCUGAAGAACGUAGAGAUGAUGCCUUUCUAAGGCAGGCUUUCUCAAACUCGGCCCUCCAGAUGUUUUUGGCCUACAACUCCCAUGAUCCCUAGCUAGCAGGACCAGUGGUCAGGGAUGAUGGGAAUUGUAGUCUCAAAACAUCUGGAGGGCCGAGUUUGAGGAAGCCUGCUCUAAGGUGUAAUAGGAGGGACUUCCAAAGGGUCAUUUCAAAGACUCUGUAAACUGAGGUAAUUUUAGUCCCUGAUGUCAUAUGGAAUGGAAUGCUUUGGCCCUGUAGCCAGUUGCAUUUCUAGUGGGGCAUUUUUUGGCCAGGGUGGGGUAGGGGAGGCACAUAGCGGCAGCCAGUCCCUGCACUCUACUUACUGGUUGAGAGGAUGUGAAGGCCAGGCCAGGGAAAUGGAAAGACACCUUUUCUUCAGAGCACAUGUUAUCUUGUAUAUUGGGUUAUGAAAAGGUCAAGCUAUCAGACAAUUUAGUACAGUGGUACCUCGGGUUAAGAACUUAAUUCGUUCCGGAGGUCUGUACUUAACCUGAAACUGUUCUUAACCUGAAGCACCACUUUAGCGAAUGGGGCCUCCUGCUGCUGCCGCACAGCCGGAGCAUGAUUUCUGUUCUCAUCCUGAAGCAAAGCUCUUAACCCAAGGUACUAUUUCUGGGUUAGCGGAGUCUGUAACCUGAAGCGUAUGUAACCUGAAGCGUAUGUAAUUCACUGUAUGAAUACCAGGAAUUAAACGACUGGAUAUUUUUGUGCUGCAUGAGAAAAAAGGAUGAUAAGGAUACAGUGAACAAGGGAAUGCUGAAAGGUCUAAAACAAACAAAAUAGCUUACGCUAUAACUAAGAAGUUGAAAACCAGUGUGGAGCUUUUGUUUCCCCAAAAUAAUCAUCUUUUAAUAUAGUAUCACCACACCAAUACAAAAAAAAAGUUUGAGAAAGAGUAAGUGCACAUUACAAGACAGCCAUAGUCAAGCCUUUAGGAGUGGUGCUGAGAAUAAUAUGUACAACUUUCUUGUUGAAGUCAAUGGGAUCCAGUCCACAGCUUUGUAAAAUGUUUACUGCGUAAUAGACUUACACGCUUACAAAAAUGCUUGAACGCUUUUUGACUGGUAGGCUCACAAUACAUCUUUUCUGAGAGAAAAGUAGGCCCCUUUCCCAAGGUUUUCAGGUUUUCCUAGAAUUAGAGUAAUGUGGAUUAUUAAGAGUCUCUGCAACUGAGAAUGGAAAAUGUUGACACAAAAACCUGCAGCGUCAGGAAGUUGGCAAAAGUCACAGCUGGGAAAUUCCUUUGAAAGAUAUUUGUGUUGCUUCAUUUUAAGAGAAUCUUGGCUGCGGAGAAUUCUUCUUUUGUCAGAGGGUUAUUCAGAGGGAGAGAAGUUGGUUCCCAUGCUCAAAAAUAAAGUCUGAUUAAAGCAUGAUGCAACCGCAGUGAUUAUUGUAUCAUUUCCAGAAAGUUUCCUGUUCAUGUCAAGAAGACACAUGACUGCUCUGCUUUUCCAAGAAUAUUGCAGAGGCCAGAGAUUUCCCCCUCCCAAGGUGCCAUCUCCAAGAAGUUCACACAAGCAACCAGGCUUUUAAAAAGCCUUCAGUUGUUGCUAGGAGGAGGCUUUUCUCUCCCAAGCCUAAUUGCACCUGGGGAGGGGCAAUUUUGGAAUGACGGUCGUAGCUGGUAAGGGGUAAAGCAGCAUGUGGUUCACAGCGUCACAAUGGUGGCCCUGUCUUCCUAUGAGAGGUCACUCCAAACAGCUGAGCAGAGUUGGGGAUGCAUGUUGUGAAAUCUGCCAUUCGUUCAGAAGCAGAGCCUAAAUGUGAGGUCUAUCUAACCUCAGAACCAGCUGCCUUAAAGGUCAAUCUAUGAAUGCAUAUUUCUAGGGUUGCUAUAUUCAGAAGAGCAAAAAAGGAGGACACCUUUGCCUAAAUACGGAUCGCUGUGAUGACUCUCAUUUUGAACACCCCUAGUAUAUGUAGGCUCUAGAAGUUGUAAUAUAUUGCUGGUAAAGGUAAAGGGACCCCUGACCAUUAGGUCCAGUCAUGGCUGACUCUGGGGUUGCGGCGCUCAUCUCACUUUAUUGGCCGAGGGAGCCGGCAUACAGCUUCUGGGUCAUGUGGCCAGCAUGACUAAGCCGCUUCUGGAGAACCAGAGCAGCGCACGGAAACACCAUUUACCUUCCCGCCAGAGCGGUACUUAUUUAUCUACUUGCACUUUGAUGUGCUUUUGAACUGCUAGGUUGACAGGAGCUGGGACCGAGCAAGGGGAGCUCACCUGCCGACCUUCUGAUAAGCAAGCCUUAGGCUCUGUGGUUUAGACCACAGCGCCACCUGCGUCCCUAUAUUGCUGGUAGCAAUGCUCUUAACUUUAAAGGGCCUGCCAGAGUAGAGCUACGGGCACUGUAACCGCUGGCAAAGGAAGAGGAGUGAGGGGGGAGCGCACUGCCCCCGGCAGUACGAUCCCGACGGGGUGCCAUCGCGGCUGCCCCCCGCCUGCACUGGGUGCCAUGCCCCCAGGACGCAUGCCACGCCCCUGUGGGCGGUGCACCAUGCCCCCAGGAUGUGUGCCCCGCCUCUGAGACACGUGCCAGCCCCGCCCCGCCUGCUCUACUCCCCCCCCAGUGCCAGAGCAUGAAGCUCUGCCACUGACUGUAACUAAAAAUGCCCAUGUGACCACAAUGCUGGCCUACAGCCGCCGAUCCUCACUGGCCCUGGGGAAGAGGGCGUGUGCAUGCUGCGGAAUGUUCCCGUUCCAUUCAUGAAAAAUGGCGAGGGACGGGAGUGUGACACUUGGGGCUAUUAAAAUUGUUUUAAUUUUUUUAAAAAAUUCUUGGGUUACUGUAAACAAACAAAUAAAACACCCGGACAUUUGGGCAAAUUUAAGAAUUUACCCAGACAGAAAUUUUAAUCCUGAAAAAUAGGGUAUGUCUGGGAGAAAGAGGACAUGUGUCAACCCUAGGACGUCCUUCUUGUAUCCUUGACAGGAUUUCAUACGUCAUAAAACUGAUGGAGGGCAACUUCUGUGGAUUGGAGUGACCACCAUACCUCCUGCUCAUGAAUGGUCUUGGGUCGAUGGCUCCCCACUAAAUGACACACUGUGAGUAUUUCCAUCCUACAGUUUCAUACUGGUUUUGGCGGGAAAUGUGUGUGGUUCUUCUACUCCCAGUGUUAUUCUGCACCUCCUUUACAGUUUUCUUCCAUUUUACUGUACUGUUAUCUACCCUUCGAGAUCAUUAUCUGCUUCAUGACACUUGGUUGUGCUGACUUAUCUUUAAAUAUGCAGACAUCAAAGGCUCAAACCAUGAUGAGAGCAGAUCAUUUAUUCAUUCUCUCUCUCUCUCUCUCUCUCUCUCUCUCUCUCUCUCUCUCUCUCAUUUUCUUCUUUUUCUUUUCCUUCCUUCCUUCCUUCCUUCCUUCCUUCCUUCCUUCCUUCCUUCCUUUUCUGAUUGCCAUGGAAAUGGGAUGUUCUUGUUCUUGUUAUAUUGCUAAUAUCCUGGCUUGCUCAUCUGUGGAAUUCACAAUACAUGAAUUCACAAUACAUGUAACGAUUUCACUGUGUGGGGAGCCAAUCAGUCAAUUACACUCUCCAGUCAAAUUGCGAUGUCUUCCAUACAAAAGACCAAUAAAGAGGAGUAGAGCAACAUCAAAAAAAUGCCACAUCAAGAGUGAGAAACAGAUGCAAGAAAACACACAUUACACAGUAAGCCACACAUAAACCACCCAUAAAGCAAACAAGAAAACUCCAGCAGGGGAAACCCCCUCCCCACUUCAACAGAAAGAAACAGGCACAGAAAAAAAUCCAAGCAUCAGAGUAAGCCAUUCAUAUCUGCAGCACACCUGCACAUCAGCAUUGAGAGAGCCACUGUAGUGUAGUGGUUAGAAUGUUGGACUGGGACCUGGGAGACCAGAGUUCAAUCCCCUCUUGGCCAUGAAGUAGUUCCCUGGGUGAAUUUGGGCCAAUCUCUGUCUGCCUCACAGGGUUAUUGUGUGGGCAAGAACCAUGUACACUAGGGUGAUUCAUAAAAAACUUUUUUGGGGGGGAAAUGCUUACUCCAAAGGUCUUAUCUUACCACACUAGGGAUUAUAUAGCUAUAUCUGAAAUUUCAUGCAUAUAAGUUAAUAUCUUGACCCUCCUCCAUGAAAAUAGCUGUUUACUCAGCCAUUUUCCCAUGUUGUGAAGGCUGAAAUUUCAAUUCAGUGGAGCAGGGUCAAGAUAUUAACUGAUAUGCAUGAAAUUUCAGAUAUAGCUUAUAUAAUCCCUAGUGUAGUAAGAUAAGACCUUUGGAGCAGGCAUUUUAAAAAAUACAUAAAUUUAUGAACCUCCCUAAUAUACACCACCUUGAGCUCCUUGAAGGAAAGGCAAGAAGUAAUAAUAAUAAUAAUAAUAAUAAUAAUAAUAAUAAUAAUUAAAGAGAAUGGAACUGAUGUUCAAUUCUAGAAGCAUUGUUCAUGAUAGCUAAAAAUGGACAGUGCACAUCUGGAAACUCAUCUUAGGAGUGUAAAGGGGGCAGGGAGAGAUGCCAUCCCUAUUAAGGUGAAAAAGCAGCUUUGGCCUUCCUGUGACAAAUGCUCUUUGCUUGACUUUCUCCUCUAUUCUACAGAUUGCAAGUCACAGGUCUUGCUGAAGCGAACAGCUGCGGGAUGCUGAAGGGAAAGAGAGUUAAUUCAGAAGCCUGCAGUGCCAUAGCCAAGUGGAUCUGUGAGACGGAAGUUCGUCUGGUGUAAAUAAUAACAAAGGAGGGAAAGAGAAGACGUGGGCCCAUGCAAGAAUGAUGGCCAGAUCCUGCGACGAUUGUCCUGACACGUGCAGCCGAAUCAAAGGGGGGAAAGAUUGCUUUUGAGACUAUGUUUGUUCUUUGUGAAAAGCGCUUCUAUGUCAAAAUCAGUGGGCCUCCUAAAACUUUGCAGAAGUGUCCCUGUUGGGUGUGAUUCUUUCCCAGAAAUGCUGGAGACAGUGUUGAAGUCCAGGACUGGCCACAGUGACUCACCCACUUAGCUUGGAAGAGGUGGAACAUGGAAAGUGAGAAUUUCCAUACCCUAAGUUACAUCUGAAAUCCUUGGAUACCCUUUGCAAAGUGGAAAUAGUAAUGUUAGUGCAGUGGUUUCUUGCUGGUCUGGGGGGUUCUUAGAAAAUGCCAAAAGCUGCCCACCUUCUGGAGCUGGACAGACAAAUUAAUGGAUCACGUAAAAGACACAGUCCCCCUUUAACUUCACCCUACCCCUUUUCUGACAGGUGUAGCUCAUGUCAUGAGGGAGUAAUCCAAUUAAAUUCUCAUUUACAACCAAAUUAAUACAGUGGUACCUCAGGUUAAGUACUUAAUUCGUUCCGGAGGUCCGUUCUUAACCUGAAACUGUUCUUAACCUGAAACACCACUUUAGCUAAUGGGGCCUCCUGCUGCUGCUGCGCCGCCAGAGCAUUAUUUCUGUUCUCAUCCUGAAGCAAAGUUCUUAACCCGAGGUACUAUUUCUGGGUUAGCGGAGUCUGUAACCUGAAGUGUAUGUUACCUGAAGCGUAUGUAACCUGAGGUACCACUGUAUAAGUUGCACUUCCUUUUUCUCUUUUUUAAAAUUUAUUUUUAUUAAAGAUUUCUUUUUUAAAAAAAUAUAUUAACAAUUUCAACAUAACAAAUCAUCAAAACAAAUAAUCUUAAUUAUUUCCCCCCUUUUUUCCUCCCCUCUUCCUAAAGAACCGUCCCCCCAAGUCUUCCCUCAGCUCAUCUCUCUGAUUUCUCAACUCAUUCUCUGCAUAUUGUAAAAUUGUACAUAUCCUUUUAUUAUCUAACUAUUAUAUUAACCCUCAAUAAAUUUGUGUAUGUUUAUUCAAAACCUGCCAAGGAGUCCAGUUCAUUUUGUUGUCUUUUUAAAUAAUUUGUAAAAAGUCCCCAUUCUUCUUUAAAGUCACAGUUGUCCUUAUCUCACAAUUUGUAUGUGGGUUUCGCCAGUCCUGCAUAGUUCAUCAAUUUCUCUUGCCACUGUUCUUUUGUCGGGGGUUCCUCAUUCUUCCAUCCUUGCGCUAUCAAGACUCUUGCUGCUGUUGUAGCAUACAUGAAUAAAUUCUUUAUUCUCCUUGGCAGGUUAUUAAAGAUUUCCUAGUUUACAAAAGUAUGUGCAACGUCGCUUUUCCCAGAUGCAUUUUCUACAGAUCAGUUUCAUUUCUUGUGAGACAUUAGUGUUACAGUACAUUAGGAAGAAAAGAG